CCUUUUCCCAUACUAAUUCCCAUACAAAUUUUGAAGUGCUUGUGCACUCACAAUUUUCAACCAAAUCAGCUCAUUUUUUGAGAGAAAUCAUAGAAUCUGGUUACGAAUCGAAUAAAUGGGUUUGAAGCAAAAAUAACUUUUUGAACCACGCUAAUGCAUAGCUUUCUCAUUCUGGCGUUUCAUUUUUUACAAUUUUAUCACGUAGACAUUUAAAAACGAACCAUUUGGAAACGAUUAGUCUGCCUAUACAAGUGCUGAGAGAAAAAAGGAACAAGAAGAUGCAGCCGUGCAAAAAAAAAAUAAAUAAAUAAAAAACUAGGUCGUUAUCAGUUAUAGCGAACUGAUGUCGGCUUUCGACUGCGUUCCUUCAGAAGCAUUGGGUGGAACAUUCAGGGGAUUUUUGUGGCAUUGUUAUCACUGCCAAAAUAAAACUGACCUUGUAGGGGAUUCUGGGGCAAUACGCACCUAUUAAGGAGAAUGUGUCAAUAUGCGUACGUAUUUAUUGUUUUAAUACAUGAAUGUAUUGUCUAUACCAUCAUUUCAAAUGAAAUGUGGCAUUGUAGAUUGAAGCAGUACACAGAAAGAAAUCAUGAAAAUUAAACAACACGUAAGUUAAGCAUCGACUGAAAAUUAUAGCAGUAGCUACAAAAUUACAGCCAUUUACCGUGAGAUGAUACUGUCCGCUCAGUAAUCAGCCAAUCAUGCUACUGUUUACACAUUUUGAGACAUAUUCGCUUGAAAUUUACAUGUAGUAACGUAAACGAGGACAGCUACGCUCAGUCGUCUGCCUGGCUGCGGAGACUGCUCUCCCUCGCUCUCUGUGGCCGAAGCGGUACAACAGUUUGUCUCUUUAUGGUGGAACAUGUUUAUCUUUGAUUGCCUUCUCUUCAGCUUGGUGAGGCAGCCUAGAGGGGUUAGGCGUGAACUCUCACUCGGAAGAUUUGAGUUCGAUUCUCGUAUAGAGGUUUUUUUAAGUUUCUCUGAAAAGUCAGUGCACUUUUCUCUCAGCAAUCAGCAGUGUAAUUUUAAGAUCACACAUAAAUUUCUAUUGAACACGAUGGAGGUCAAUUUGUUACAUUCAGUUCGUCAUAAAUUUACAGAUUUUGUCAUUAUGUUUUUUUUUUUAUCUGUCUUAACGUGAUUUUUAGCCAUAGGCUAUAGUUCAUCUUUUCGGGACCCACGCUUUACUUCCCUUCUGAAGGAAGAACCCAUAUUUUGUGAGUUUGUUGGGAGUGGGAGUCGAUCCCAGGUCCUCGGCGUGAUAAUCAAGUGUUCUAACCAUCACACCAGGUCCGCUCAUCUAGUCAUUAUGUUCUAUAAUAUUAAAAAGGGUUCAAAGCUCCAAAACCGAUGAUCCAUGAAAGCGGGGGAGCGUUUUGCCCAAGAUGCCCCUAAUGUGCGCAACGGUCAUUGAAACAGCGCGCCAAGAUUCAACCACAUAAAUUUCUUUUUUUCAAAUGUUAUCGCGUUGUCAUUCGCCACAAAACCAACAGAGACUUAAGCCUAGGGUGGACCACGCUUGUUCGAAAGAGCGAAAAUUCUGAAAUUGACUCUAAAAUCUCACAUUCUUGAUACAUUGUAAUAUUUUUAGAGGUGCAGACAAAAUUGAACAAACUCGAUGUAAACUCUCCGUCACGAAAUUCAGAAGAAUGUUUGAAGCGUUUUCAAUUUGAUAUCUCCAAAUUGGUGGGUUCUUUAGAAGUACGCUUUUCAGAGCGCUAUCUUUAGUUCUUGACCAAACCCUGCGGAGAUGUUGUUAACAAUUUUGUACUGGAAGCAAUCCAUACGAUACAAGAACGUUUCCUGUAAAAAAUUAUCGCGCAGUUUACACUAUCAGCAGCUGACGAAUGGAUAAACGAAUUAAAUUUCGAUUUUGCUGAAAUUCUGCACCACCCUAAUGUUAAUCUGAAGUUCUUAAUCACCCAAGCAUAUAAGAAGUGGUUGAGAUAACUCUUCCAGUCACAACUUCGGUGCUACCAGUGAGAGGGACGUCGCUUGAGAACUAAGUCAAAAUGAAAGGAAUCUUGGUAUUGCUACUUUUCAUCGCUGCAAUUGACGGAAUAGCACAGAGAACAGACAUUUAAGCUCGAACAAAAAUACGUCGAAGUCGUGUGUAAAGGAUUUAAGUGUACCUCAACGCCACCAACGGGGACUGCCCCACAUAUAAAGUCGAUUUGAACCCACGAUGGCAGUGUUCAUCGUUAAAAUACACUAGCCCACAAAGCGACACGAGCGCCAAACGGCCAAAAACGGCGAGCACUGGAAAUUAAUUUGACAACACAACAAUGUAAGUGAUGGGACGCUAGCGCCGCGCAACGGGAGCAUAACCACAUACUCCAAAAUGACCGUUACAAAGUUUUACACAAGGCAGAAAGCGAAGAUAGAUGUCUGUUCUCUGUGGGAAUAGUAACGUUCUCUGCGAGAAGAAAUGAAUACAACAAAACUGUGGUUGACAUACGCCGUCUACGUUGGCCCGCUGAUGCCAUUUUGAUGGACAAAAUUCCAGAUGAAGCAUCGUUUUAUUUCUUUAAAGCCCAGGUGGACAUACUGCCACAAAACUUUACUGAUCAAUUCAAAAAUUGCAUUCAUAUACAAUUUGAACGUGGGGUGGUCAAAACAAUUCACGUAAGCCCAAAAUUAACGCACAUUGAACUAUAUUCCACAUCUACUGCAAAUGUGAUCAUUGAACUUGGGAAGGAAUACCAGCUGGAAGAAUUUACAUGCAGCAAUACGAAUUUGACAGGUAUUCCAGAGAAUAUUAGCCAACUGAAAAAAAUGAAAUAUUUAAGUCUUAUUGGAAACUCAAUACAAACAGUUCAACUUGACCAGCUUCAAGGUUUGGACAAUUUGGAAUCUCUUCAGCUUACUGAUAAUGAAAUAAAACACAUUCACAAUCAAGGAUCGGUGAGUUUGCCGUCGCUCACUAAUCUACAUCUUGCAAACAAUCGAUUGACACAUAUUGACGUAUGCAGUUGGAACAUGCCAACGCUUUCCUACAUUGAUCUUCGUUUCAAUUUUUUGACCCAUUUCGCAAUCAACCAGUUUCGUGUGCUCAAAGGAUUGCGUAUAUCUGACAACCCCCUGAAUUGUGAUUGGAUGCAUAGUUUACUUAAAUCCAGAUCAGAUAUAUACCAUGUGGAAGAAUUAACUUGCGCCAACGAAGGUAGCGAAGGAGUCUUUGCAUUGGAUUGUCCAAUGCCGAUUGAACAAUUGCGACAGCAGAAUGCCAAUUCAAUGACCAGUUCAGCGCCAGUUGAAGCAACAGUAUUGAACAACAGCCAACAAAUUGCGGAACUCAACAACAAAAUCCAAAAAAUGGCGGCGUUGCUGGAAAAUCUUGCUAAAAAAUCUAAAAUUGACGAAAGAUUCCAAAAGAUUGAGGCGCUGCUGGAAAGUCAUAACUCCAGGAUCAUUGAGCAGCAAAAUGUUUCGAACGACAUCAUUGAGGCCAUUUAUAGAGCGGAAAUGGAGAGAACAUAUGCUACCGAGAAAACACCAUGAUCUUCGCGAGAAAUAAGCAGGAAUUCAUGUUUGUAUACUAGGUCAGUGUUAUCCUAAGUAUGAUUACAUAUUGAAACUAAUACCUUCUUUCAAUAAACGUUCUACACAAAAAUCAA